AUGGGCCCUCCUGAUGCUAUUCUUGGAGUGACAGAAGCCUACAAGAGAGAUGCAAAUCCAAAAAAGAUCAAUUUGGGAGUAGGAGCAUACAGAGAUGAUAAUGGGAAGCCAUUCAUUUUGCCAUCUGUUCAAAAAGCUGAAGAGAUCUUGAGAGAAAAAAACAUGGAUCAUGAGUACCUCCCAAUUGGAGGAUCUGCUGAGUUUGGACAACUUGUGGCCAAGUUGGCAUUCGGAGAUGACAGUCCCGUGGUUUUAAAUGAUUUGAAUUGUACGGUUCAAAGUAUUUCUGGUACAGGUUCUCUCAGACUUGGUGCUGCUUUUUUGUCCAAAUGGUAUGAACCCAGCAAGACUGUUUACCUUCCUAAUCCUACGUGGGGCAACCACAUACCAAUAAUGAAGCAUUCAGGUUUGGAGACCAAGCAAUACAGAUAUUAUGACCCCAAAACAAUUGGAUUUGAUUUCAAGGGAGCCAUUGAGGACAUAAGUAAAAUUCCGGAAGGUUCCAUCAUCCUCCUUCAUGCAUGUGCCCACAACCCCACUGGAGUCGAUCCAAAGCCAGAGCACUGGAAGGAAAUAAGCAAGGUAAUAAAAGAGAGGCAGCUUCUUCCAUUUUUUGACAUGGCCUACCAGGGAUUUGCCAGUGGCGAUAUUGUUCGUGAUGCUUUUGCUUUGAGGUACUUUGUACAGGAUGGACACUCUUCUAUGUUGCUGUCACAAUCUUUUGCCAAGAAUAUGGGUCUUUAUGGCCAAAGAGUAGGCGGGUUCACUGUGGUUUGCACCUCGAAGGAAGAAAGGGAUAGAGUGAUGUCCCAAGUGAAGAUCAUCAUAAGGCCUAUGUACUCCAAUCCUCCUCUGCAUGGUGCACGCAUCGCAACUACCAUACUUUCUGAUCAUAAGCUCAGAGAUAUAUGGCUAUCCGAUGUUAAGUUGAUGGCAGACCGGAUAAUUUCAAUGAGAACAAUCCUGGAGGCAAAUUUGAAGAAGGAAGGGUCAGUCCAUGAUUGGUCCCACAUCUCCGACCAGAUUGGAAUGUUCUGCUUCACCGGAUUGAAACCCGAACAGGUCGAUAGGCUGACUAAGGAGUUUUCAAUUUAUUUGACUCGUGAUGGCCGAAUUUCUGUUGCUGGUAUUACAUCAUCCAACGUCGGAUAUUUGGCUCAUGCAAUUUACCAAGUGUCCAAAUAG